UCCGUUAACUUCAGUUCAGUCCGAAACUCGUGGUAGCGGCAGAACGGUGACACGCUUUCACAUCUCAACACCUCGACUAAACCGGCUUUGCCUCAUACACAAAAAAAGAGAAUCAUGAGCAGCAACUACAGUGUCUCCCUGGUUGGCCCCGCCCCCUGGGGCUUCAGACUGCAGGGAGGAAAGGACUUCUGUCUGCCCCUCACUAUCUCACGGCUGACCGAUGGGGGCAAGGCAGCCAAAGCCAAAAUCAGUGUGGGAGAUGUAGUUCUGUCUAUCGACGGCAUCGCCACCAACAGCAUGAACCACCUGGAGGCCCAGAACAAGAUCAAAGCCUGCACAGAAAACCUCAACCUCACCCUGCAGAGAGCUUCCAGUGUUCCCAAGGCUGAUGCACCAAAGGACGAACCGCUGGAGAUCAUUAAGCCCGUGCCAAUCACCUACCCAGCCCCACCAUCCACAUUCACCAGCCCCUCCCCCCAACCCAGUGCUGCCUACAAUAAGACAGCCCGCCCCUUUGGCGGGGGUAGCAAUGUGGGUGCGGUCACUUCCUCCCUGACCGCCCCAAAGGUGGCCUCCAUCCCUUCUGCAUCGUCUGCUUUCACCCCCGCCGCCCCCUCCUCCCAGCAGCCCCAGCCUCCCUUCCCACUAGGCAGCCACUCCCGCUCUCCAGCCCCACCCAUCGCAGCCCCAACCAUCGCAGCCCCACCUAGCUCAGCCCCACCCCCCAGACCCAGCUCUGGCCGCUCCCCCUUCACCACCCCCUCCUCGUCCUCCUCCUCAUCCCCGGCCAGAGUGACAGCACCCUCCUCCAAUCCCGGUGCUCCGCAGUCCUCUUGCUAUAACACGCCCAUCAACCUAUACUCCAACACCAACGCCUGUGAGGUGGCCAUGGGACAGAGGCGGGGCCUGUUGGAAGCCCAGGGUGUGGUGGUCGACCAGAUCAAAGAGCAGUUCAAUGGGAACAGAGUUGAACCAGAGUUGAACCAUGCCUCGCCACUCAGUGAGGCCAGUAAGAAGCGUAUGAUCGAGGACACAGAGGACUGGCAUCCUCGCACUGGCACCUCCCAGUCCAGGUCCUUCAGAAUCCUGGCUCAGAUCACUGGCACAGAGAACGCCCAAGCCCAGGAGAACAGCACUGGAAAGAAUGAAGUUGUUGAGGAUGCCAUGCCCAGUGCUCACGUCACAACAUCAGUGAAGACCAUGACCAAAGUCUCAGGUGCCCCCAGGAAUGGUAACGGUGUCCCCCCACCCACCUUCAAGACCCCCUCUGCCCAGGUCAAACCCUCCUGGCCGGCUGGAGGUCCAGCAGGUUUCCCUAAGGGUGGAGCGGCGCCCUCUUUUGGCCGGGUUAGCAACACUGCACCAGUACCUGCAGUACCCAAAGGUCCUGACCGCCCUGCCCCCCAGGCGCACCCCAAGGACCAGGACUCCCUGGUGCAACGGGCCGAGCACAUCGCAGCAGGAACACGCACACCCAUGUGUGGCCACUGUGACAAGGUCAUCAGAGGUCCGUUCCUGGUGGCCAUGGGCAUGUCGUGGCACCCUGAGGAGUUUAACUGUUCCCACUGCCACACGUCUCUGGUGGAGUCAGGCUUUGUGGAGGAGAGGGGAACAGUGUACUGUGCUCACUGCUAUGAAGAGUUCUUUGCCCCUACCUGCACCAGCUGCAAGCAGAAGGUCCUGGGGGAAGUCAUCAAUGCCCUGAAGCAGACCUGGCAUGUGUACUGCUUCCUGUGUGCAUCCUGCCAGCAGCCAAUCAGAAACAACACCUUCCACAUGGAGGACGGGCUGCCAUACUGCGAAAGAGAUUACUACCAACUCUUCGGUACCAGUUGCCAUGGUUGCGACUUCCCCAUCGAGGCAGGAGACAAGUUUCUGGAGGCGUUGGGAUUCACCUGGCAUGAUACCUGCUUCGUAUGUGCAGUCUGCAGCACCAGUUUGGAGGGCCAAGCCUUCUUCUCUAAAAAGGACAAGGCUCUGUGCAAGAAACACGCCCACACAGUCAAUAUCUGACCCGCCCCCAGGAGUGAAGAACAGAGGAAAACAGAGAAAUAAUCUAUUCUGUCAGCUGUAGAUAUUUUUGGUAGUUUUAAAAGAUUGAUUUAUCUGAUUAUGACAUUUAUUAACAGACAUGUUUGUUGAUGGGAAUUUAAGCUUUAUUUUAUCUUCUUUGAUAUUUCUGUGUGUAGUUUACCAUUCACCGCUUGUGCCAUAUAAGGGGAAAAUAUGAUGCUCAAAUUAAGGUAUGAUAAAAGUACCUACUGUAUUUUCAACAUUAAUUAAUUUCAUAAAUGCAAAAUCCACUACAUACUGUAUGAUCCCAUAUAAUUUAUGUAGUUUAAUAAUUAAAGUGUUAUUUUAGUAUAAGAUUAAAAUCAAUAUAUUACCUUA